CGCUGCUAUACCAACAAGAAAACAUUCAAAGUGUUGCUGAGUUUUUCCAAUCUUGUUUUGUAUUUUGUUUGAUUUUCAUUCAGAGAGAUGGCUGGAACUGUUGUGGUUUUUGAUUUUGACAAAACCAUCAUCGACUGUGAUAGUGAUAACUGGGUUGUCGAUGACUUGGGUUUCACCGACUUGUUCAACCAGCUUCUUCCUAUCAUGCCCUGGAAUUCUCUCAUGGACAGGAUGAUGAAGGAGCUUCAUGCCCAAGAAAAAACCAUUGAUGACAUUGCUGAGGUUCUGAAACGAGCUCCUAUCCAUCCUAGGAUCGUGCCCGCUAUUAAAUCAGCUCAUUCUUUAGGGUGUGAACUCAGGAUUGUGAGUGAUGCAAACAUGUUCUUCGUUGAGACAAUGCUGGAGCAUCUUGGAUUGAGGGAAUAUUUCUCAGAGAUCAAUACCAACCCCGGCUUUGUUGAUGAAGAAGGGAGGCUGAGGAUCAUUCCUUAUCAUGAUUUCACCAAGAGUUCUCAUGGCUGCAACAUCUGCCCCCCAAAUUUGUGCAAGGGGAUGAUCAUUGAAAGGAUUCAAGCUUCUUUAGAGGGGAGGAAAAAAAUCAUCUACCUUGGAGAUGGUACCGGUGAUUACUGCCCAAGUCUAAGGCUUGGAAAAGCAGACUAUAUGAUGCCCAGGAAGAAUUUUCCAGUCUGGGAUUUAAUUUGCGGGAACCCUUUGCUCAUCAAGGCGGAGAUUCAUGAAUGGAGUGAUGGUGAAGGGCUCGAGCGUGUUUUGCUACAAAUAAUCAACAUGAUUUCUGUUGAGGAAAACAAGGAUAAUUCUGCUCAACUAAUCUCUGUUGACUGCAAAUUGCAAACGAUUUCAGCAUCAAACCAGGCUUUGCCUCAAGCUUUGCCAGUUCCUCAAUAAAUUAGUUUUAGGGCAGAUCGGAGGCCAAUGCUCAUCUAUUGCGAAGUUGCUCAAUAUGAUAUUGAUUGGUAGGCCAAAUGGCCUUUUUUUCUCUACUUUUGAAAUAAAUGUAAAUAAACUUUGCCAAUGAAAAUUUGACUGCAAAGUCUUAGCAAUUUAAAUUCAUCAGUUUAAAGUUACAGAUAAAAGAUUAUUUAUAGUUUU